UACAUAUGUAUCUAAAUUUUAUACAUAUUUUUCUUCAUAAUUGAUUGCAUUUUAAAUUCAUUGUAUAAACAUAUGUAUGUACAUAUAAAUUCGAUUGAAAGUAACAAUGGAUAUUGGAAGGCGAUAUUCAAAAGAUUUUCCAGAAAAUAAUGAUAAAUUGAAACGAAAUCGAAAAGACUUCAUUCGCAAUGUUAAUAAUGGACAAAAAGUGAGGACAACCGGAAGUGAAAUUGUAAUGAAAUAUCUUAGGGAAAAAGAUGUUGCGCCAUGGUUUCGUGGUACAUCACAUCUUCACAUACAAGGCGCCGAUAAGCUUCUCAAUGCUCUACGAGACGAUGCAGAGCAAAGAACUACACAUCGAGUACGAUCGUGUUUGAACCUAAUCGGACUGGAACCAUUGAUAACAUCCAAACAAAUUAUGUUUUUAAUGCGUCUAAGUCGCGGCAAUGAUUUAGUAUUUCUGUGGUUUCUCAUGGAAAUGCAUUACAAAACUCCCAAGCAUGUCCACAACUCGUAUAGUGUUAACGAACAGUUAAUUUGUUCGGCUAUCUGCCAUUUAGACAUGGUAACAACGCUUCGGGAACUAGAUAAAAUUCUUCCAAGUGGCCACACAUCAAGAAUUGAAAUGAAGAAGGCUGGUUUAAAACGCAAACAACUUAAGGAAUCCUUUAUAAAACGAAAUAAUGAAAGAAUUUCACACAAAUAUGUAUUGCCUUAUUUUGAAAAACAUCCUCGUCCUCGACAUUAUGGCAAGCGCUUACUGCUGGAGGUACCUAAUUUCAAAGUUGACAUGGAUAUUUACAGUCACUAUGACAAUAUAAAUCAUACUGUACAAAACGAAUCUAACCGCUGGCAUUCGAAUUACCGCUUUAAUCCAGGCAAACGCAUUUCGCACUUAAUUAUUCGGGAAGUUAUCACAAAUAUAUUUUAUAACUUGGAGGCCUCCCGUUUGUGGUCCACGACCAUUGUUGUACUGUGUGAUUACCACAAGACAACUAAAGCUUUGCAAACUAAUUUAGAGCAUGAACUAAAAGUCAAAUCAAGAAACGAGUGUUUAAAAUCUUACUUCAUGUCUAAUGAGAACAAAGAUAAUCGUGCCAAAAAAAUCAGCGAGCUGCUGGACAAUGCUGUCCAACAGCAACUGUACCAAUUUCACAAACAAACCAGUGCGGUACGAAAGAAGGCGGAGUCAUUAAAAACCAUUACCAGUGAUUGCAAAAUAUUCGAUGUCAUCUUCGGGGACAAUUUUGAUGGGCAUUGUAAUAACCAUUCAAAUGUUAUCAGAUCAGUGGAUCUAAACAACGAAAAUUAUAAUCUGACCAGUGGUAAAAGCAACAAAACGUAUGGAAUACAGAACAAAGAAUACGGAAAUGUUCAUACAAGUAAAAACAAAGUAGAGAAUAUUUUGAAUGAUCGUAAACACAAACUAAAAGACAGUGGAUAUCUGUUAUCGAAGAAAGAGAGCUAUUUAAGAGCACCAGAUGUAAAUGAAUUUGGUGAAAUGUACGAAAUACAUAAUUAUGAUUAUGAUAAUGCCAGCGAUACUACUGUUGCCUCUUCCGAUGCAGUCUUUAAAUGGCCAUUGAUACACAAGCCCUUUAUAUUUGAUUAUGCAAAAAUAUUUUUGUCAAAAUACAAAGAUAAUAACAAAAGGUGUUUGAAAGAAAUGUUCCUCGCAGCUUUGGACAAAAAUACGUUCAAUUUGUCAAAUCAAUCGAGCCUUGAAUAUGACGAAGCCGUUCGUAAAUGUGCCAAAAAUACAUUUGACAAUGAAGUAAAAAGUUAUGAAGUAAAUAUGAAGGACACGUUUGCAGCACAAGCGGCAGAAAACCUAAAGCCUCUCAAUCAAUAUCCCACUUUAGCCAACUAUAAUGCAGAAGAUCACUUCCUGAUGGAUAGAAUGUUGUCGGAUGCUUUUCAAUAUUUGCGUAAAAACCCUAAGUUUGUAUGGGCUCAAUUGCCGGAUGCCCAUAAGAUACCUUUGUUACGGGAAUGGAUAGCACGCCGUUUUGGCAAGGAGUAUACACCCCGAGAAAGAUGCAAAUCAUAUCGAAUGUCAUGCAAAAUCUUUCGAGCUUUAGAUAAAAAUCAUUUGGAAUUCCCGAUACCAAAUGCCAAACAAACUGGUAGAAAUCUUUUUCUCAACUACAAUUGUCGAAGAUAUUUGGACAGAAAAGUGCAACAUAUUAAGAACAAAUACUACUGCCGUUUAGAUUCGUCUUUUCUGGAUCAUACACGCGUUUUUUGGUUUGCUAUGCGCGGAUACAUAUGCUCCAAUGGACCACCGCGUAAAACCUAUUUUGCCUACAUGCCAUCAAGACUUCGAGACAUUCAACAUUUUCGUUUAUGGAAAUCGUCCGAUUAUCGCAAUCAUAAAGUAGCUAGGAAUCUUCGUCAACAAAAAUUACGCCAGGAUCCUUUCUAAGAUUUCUUCUCUUCACAAUUUUGUUCAUUGCUUUCAUAUUCGCUCUCGAAACUUUGUGUAUUUUUUUAAUUGAAUGAAACCCUAUUUAUGUUUUGUAUUUCUUCAAUAACAAAUUACUAUGUAUGUACAUAUUUAUUUAUUAUGUUGUAUAUUUAUACUAUGUAUGUAUGUAUGUAUAUUCAUUCGUAUGUAUGUAUGCAUGCAUGUAUAUUUACUUAUAAAUGUUAUGUAUUAUCUUGAUUGGCUGUAAU